AUGGCAGCUUCAACGAACAGCCUACGACGCCUGACGUCUUUUAGAACCACCCUAUUACCAUCUGUCACACCAAUUACCCCCAUCGGCUGCCGAAGCUAUGCUACGACGGAAUCUUCAUCUGCUAUCGCACCAGGAACCACACGGCGGAAAGCAACAACGUUCCAGGAUAAGCUGAAUGCCGGACCCUCAUUCUCAGACUUUGUCUCCGGAGACAAAGACGAAAUCCUCGACCCCUCGGAAGCCUACGCCCUAAAGACCGCGCUCACCCCGAUCCCAGACUCCAAGAACUACCAGCGCCUAAAGAAAGAUCUCAGAGGAUUGAACCUACACACCGUUUGUGAGGAGGCCCGAUGCCCCAACAUUUCCGACUGCUGGGGUGGCAGCGACAAGUCCUCCGCCACAGCGACAAUCAUGCUGAUGGGUGAUACCUGCACGCGCGGAUGCCGCUUCUGCAGUGUCAAGACCUCCCGCGCUCCGCCACCGCUCGACCCCCACGAACCCGAGAACACCGCCGAGGCCAUUUCCCGCUGGAGCUUGGGUUACGUGGUGCUGACGAGUGUGGACCGUGACGAUCUGGCGGACGGCGGCGCACGCCAUUUCGCUGAGACAGUCAUCAAAAUCAAGCAGAAGAAGCCGAGUAUGCUCGUCGAGUGUUUGACGGGUGACUACCGCGGUGAUUUGGAGAUGGCGGCGUUGGUCGCACGGUCUGGUUUGGACGUUUAUGCGCACAAUGUUGAGACCGUUGAGGAGCUUACGCCUUAUGUUCGUGAUCGUCGCGCUACUUUCCAGCAGUCGAUUAGCGUGCUUGAUGCUGCUAAGAAGGCUGUUCCCGAGCUUAUCACUAAGACUUCGCUCAUGCUUGGUCUCGGCGAGACGGAUGAACAGCUCUGGGAUGCCCUGCGCCAGCUCCGCGCUGUCAACGUUGAUGUCGUUACUUUUGGUCAGUACAUGCGUCCGACGAAGCGCCACAUGGCUGUCCAUGAGUAUGUGACGCCUGAUCGCUUCGAGUUGUGGCGGCAGCGUGCCCUUGACAUGGGUUUCUUGUACUGUGCUUCGGGUCCCUUGGUGCGUAGCAGUUACAAGGCUGGCGAGGCGUUCAUCGAGAAUGUCCUGAAGAAGCGUCGUUCUGGUUCAGGCACUGCUGAGGGCACUGUCAAGCAGAGCACUGCUGCAGUUGGCGAGGCUAUACAGUGA